AUGGAUGGUAGCACAGGGUCUCGGCGUCCUGCCUGGGGUCCGAAGAAGAGCUGGGCGGCACCAUCAUCUUCCUCCUCCACCUCUCCCGCUCCACCUACCGCAUCCUCUUCACGCGAACCAACGCCUUCGUCGUCAUCAGCAUUCCCACCGCUUUCGUCGCCACAAGUGCGACGCCCCUUUGCUCGUCCCAGCGCUUCCUUCUCCAGCACUGAUCCGUCGCUCAUCUCGAGCUCCUCGUUCAAUCCGUAUCCGACGCGCAAGCAGGAGCUUGCUCAGCGAGCUGCCAGUCACGGCUCCCGCAAACGCUCACACAUCACCCGCAGCGACCCGUCAGCAUCACGUAUACACUCUCUGCUCGAUUACGACCAGGUUGACGACACUGUCAUGCAUGAUCUCGGCGAUGAUGGGGACGACGAUCAAGGGGAGGUGUCGUCGCGCGGCGCAACCAUGUCGUCGAUCGUCUUCCGCGAUUUGUCGGCUUCUGCUUCGACGAGCAGGUCCAGCUCGCCCUGGCAGCAACCGGGGCUGAGUCCAGGUCUAGCCAUGUUUGCAACCACGACGUUCGGCGGAGAGCCGCUGAGGGUGCUCGCCAAUGUGGACGAGGAAUUGGGCGCGGCGCAUAUGGGGCCAAGGAUCUACCGGAGGCAUAAUCAGAAACAUGUGCGCAACAAGGUCCGGGCUAAGAUCGAUGCUGGUCAUUCUACUGUUCCCGUCUCCAUGACAGCGGUAGAAGUCGAUGUGGAGAACAGUCGAGCGCUCGAUGCUGCUCCCCCAAGGACGGGCAUGAUUGGGGAGGAGCAAGAGCGGUUGCGAAGCAUGGACCUGCAGAAGCUCGUAGACGAGUGCAGACGGUGCCACAACCUUUUAGCCAUUCAAGCAAGGGUUGCCUCCGAUGAAACACGUUCGUCGAAUGUCGACGACGUGCCACCGUUGCAGACGCUUCUCGCGGCUAUACAGGCUCGAACUGCAGACCCUCAGACGUGGACCGCAUCAAGCUUGAACCCCGUCCUAGCAGAUGACCUCCUUCCCAUCGGGCUCGCGUCACAGCAGCAACAGAUCGACUUCUCAAUUCUACCACCAUCACUGCUCAUCCAAGUGCGGCAUUCCGUGUUACAGGGUCUGCGCCAUCUAAUGGAUACCAUCCUCGAAUCGACACGCAAGGAUCUCGUCCUGACGCUAUCCCGUCUCUUCUCCAUGCAGUUACUACGUCCCACCAACACCAACAACGCAGACCUCAAACCGGCAUUGCAACAAACAUUCUUGUACCUACUCGACACCUUCCAUCGUCUGCCGAACAGCUCCACCUGCACACCCACCACGCUGCUGUCUCAAGUCCUCGCAUACAUUAAUUACGCCUCAGGUUCUGACGCACUUGUCGACCUCGUCGGCGAGCUCGUCGGACUCUGCGGGCAGCAAAUGUCGUCCGACCCGACCGUGCUCACCGAGACGCAAGAUAGCACCCUCGUCUCCACAGCCUCCUUCCUCUCGCUCUGCUAUACACUCAACUCGAGCCGCCCAGCGGCAACCCGGCUUCCUGCACACGCCUUCUACUGCACCGUGCUCGACCUCGCGCCGUUCCUCGAGCACUUUGUCCACCACUCUGCAUCGCUCGUCCGCGGCGCGACUGCCACCCCUGCUGUGGAGAUGGCCCGCUUCAACGUGUGCCGCUGGCCCUUCCUCCUGUCGCUCGGUGCCAAGGUGCGCAUUUUGCAGCUCGAAAACGAGCUGCGUCUGGCGCGUACUCCUCCGCGAGAUUCUUUAAGCAUUCAGCGGUUUGCUCUCCAGUCUGCAGGGGAAACGGAUGCGGAGCUGGUAGUGCAGCUGAGCAGCCUCAACCUGAAGAUUGAGCGCGAGCAGGCGUGGGAGCAGAGUCGUGGGUUGAUGGUGCAACUCCUCGAAUCGGCGGUGGUGGUGCAGCGUGGGUUGCGGGUCGAGUUUGCGGGCGAACAGGCGGCGGACGGUGGAGGCCCGGCGAGGGAGUGGUUUGCUACUGUCGCGUCGACUUGGACCGGCGUGGGCAACGUCAUUGGUCCGCAUGGAUGGUUCAUCCCUUCCCCUUCCUCGGACGAAAAGGAUACCGAAGAUACAGCAGCGUUCCUCGGGUUGCUGCUCGCCCUCGCCGCGCUGCACACGACCAAGCUCGCCCUUCCCUUCACACUGCCGCCCGUCGCGUUCAAGAUCGCCACAGCGCCCAAGCUGGACCAGCUGGUGCUGGAUCCUGUCGACCUCGAAUUCGCCGACCCGGCGCUCGCCAAGUCUCUCCAAUCCGUCCUCGACUGGAACGCCCCGUCAGAGGAUGAAGCGGAAAAACAGUUCGACAGCACUUUCACGCUCACAUGGAGCACCACGAUCCGCACCGCCUCAGGCGAGAUCCAAACCCUCGACCUUGCGCCCGGUGGCCGGCAUCGGAGCGUUAAGCUGGCCGAGCGGCGGGAGUACGUCUCGAAACUCGUGUGGCGCGUCGUCGUGGGAUCAGUCAAGAGACAGGUGCUGGCGUUCCGAGAGGCGUGGCAGAGCGUCAUGCCUUCCGGCAGCUGGCUCAACGCAAGCGGGGCAGAGUCUGCUACGGAAUUGAUCGGUAGGGGCGGCCUGGCUCUGUCGCUGUUCAGUGCCGACGAGAUCGGCCAGGCCAUUCUUUCCGCGCCCUCAUCUGCUUCGGCGCUGUCUACGCCGCUAGAUGUGGCGGAUAUCACUGCGUCAACCGAGGUCAUCUUCCCCUCGUCCAAAGCGGCGGGACAUGUGGUAGACUGGUUCUGGAACACCUGGUCCAAUCUCAGUCCUCUCCACCAGCGCAGAUUGCUCGCGUUCAUCACAGGUGCAGAGGAUCUUCCGGCGACAGGCGCGAGAGGUAUCGGGCUGCGCAUCCACGUCGUCGCAACCGACGGAACAGAUUCGCGCUCGUGGCCCCUUCCCUGGUCAUCGACAUGCACGUCGACGUUGUUCCUCCCUACGUACCCGUCACUACAGCUGCUGGAGAACAAGGUGGGGAUCGCCAUCGAGCAUUAUCAGGGGUUCGGAUUGCGUUAG